AUGGGUGUCCGGUACUGGUUUGGGUCACGGCACCAAGGGCAUCGACCAGCGAGCCCACGAGAUGUAGCGUCGGCCGAGGCUGACAGUGACGAUGAAGAUGAGACGGGAAACGGCAACGAAAAGCAACUCACGGAGGAUGAGCUCAACCAGGACUAG